AUGAACACAAGAAAUCCAGAAAACCUUGACCGCGAAGACUUAGAUCUAACAAUCAACCUUAAGAGAUCAGAUCUAAUCAGAUCCCUUCUCGGUAACAACUCCGCGAUCAAAUCCAGGAAAGUAAAUUGCACAAGAGAUUUUUACCCAGUGUUCGUUUCCUACUCACUGGGGGAAGGAUUCGCGCCUUCCUACGCAAUCCACUAUACAACAGAAAGAGUUCCGGCGAUUACAGAGAUUCCGAUGUACCGGAAACCUCGAGAUCAAGCUUACAAGUAG